AUGGCUCGCUCAGCGGGCUUUUUCAGUGAAGAAGAGAUGAAGGAACGAGACCCACAGCUUUACCAUCGGCUGGUGGGACAAUACAUCGAUACGACCGUGAAGCUCUCAGAUCCCAUGCAAGGCAGCCUUAGCACCUACCUCAUGCAACAGCUGGAGAAAGAGUGCGAGGCCCGCACGAGGAAUCAGGAGGCGAGGGCGGUAGCAGCCCUUAGAACUUGUGUCGGAGAGCUCACAGAUUUGGCUGAGAUCGCCGCCCCCUUGCUGGAGAAGGGGAAGACCGAAGCAAGUCCGCCUGAAGAGGGAGCGAAAGGAGCAUCCGGGACGCCAUCGGCUCCUGACAUUGAGCAAGCGGCAUCAGGUGGAGGAACUGCAACCGAGGCACCGACCAUCAAGACAGAGGUAGUCGACAAGGAGGAGAACGCCAACGAGGUACCAGGUGUUAGCGAGGUAGUUGAGAAGGAAGAGGAUCCAUCAGAGAAGAAGGCAGGAAAAGAAGAAGAAGAGAAAGAAGAAGCACCCCGACCAAAGGCCUUCACAGAGAAGGGUUGA